GUUUGCCAAGACGGGAAUGAUCUUGGCAGUCGUAGCAAAGACUUGCUCGGCGAUAGCUCCGUAUUAGCAGCACAAUGAAAUUUUUACUUAUUUACUUGCGAAACUGAAGAGAGGAACGCCUCCUACCGCAUCAUACUUGGCCGGUAGCCGCUGCAUUCCGUGCGACUCGCAGGAAUCCCUCCACGUAUGGCCUUCUCAAAAGCUGCUCCUCAGCCAGGCAGCAAGUCUUAGGCCCUUCCCUAAGGAAUCUCGAAGUGCACAUUCAUCUAAAAUCGAAUGCAGGAACACCGCAGCGCAGGAAAUACCGACUUCUGGCGCGACGUCGAAAAAGCGCACCUUAGCCAUCACCAUCAGCGACGGUGGUUAUGGCAGCGUCAAGCGCACAACUUACCUCGAUCGGCCAGAUAUCUAGUGUGCGGCUUGGUUGCGUUAUGUGCCGUCUUCGGAUUCAUGCGAGGAUACAGUGACUUCCGUGAUCAGGCACUCAAACAGUAUCCAACAGAUUAUCACAAGCUACAUAUUGGACGACCACACAUAUCAAAACCAUCACAUCCAGUUCGCUUUUCUGAACACACUUCGCCAUCUGCAGCAUGGACGGCGCCGACGACAGCGACAGCAGACUCGGGAGCUAAGGAGAGUUUGGGAGGCAAAAUCGACGAGCGAUACCUCUACGUCAAAGGCCUAGGAAGUGGUCAGGAAGGCAAAGCCGAUCUGUACAUUGACCAGCAAGACGGUAGCACUGUCGUUGUCAAGACAUUCAGCAGCAUUGCCCGCAAUUGGCUACCAACUUCAAUUUCCCGCGGCUAUGCCAAUUAUACCACGACAUGGCCAGCUGAGAUUGAAGCCAGUCUGCUUCUUGGAAGCCAUGACGGCAGCUCCGGUUACGUCUCUGUGAUGGACUAUUUCAUCCUGCAAACACCAUCCGGCUGGUCCUGGGCGUUGGUGACUCCUUUCAUGGCCCGUGGGACAUUAGCUCAGCUUGCAGCUGACGAGCACGAUUCAUCUACCAGAGAAACAACCGAUGAACUCGACGCUACAUAUCGACACAACUUCGAGGCCAUGCUAAGCCAGCUGCGAACUUUGCAUAGAGCAGGCUAUUGCCACGACGACGUGAAACCUGAUAAUAUCUUCAUCCAGGAUCCUGAACACUGGCUUCUGGGUGAUCUUGGGAAUGUAAGGCAUGUAGAACAUCCUUGGCAUGGCACAAAAUCAUGGACUCGGCAGAAUCAAUGGCCUGACUGUACCAGCAAUGAUCUUCGAAGAGCAUACAAGUCUUAUCUGUGGUUUCUUCGUGCCGCAAGUGUGGAUAAAGCACGCUUCGACAGGGACUUUUGGCAAGAGACCAAAGACUGGAGUCGAAUGUACUGGGACUUCAUGCAAAGCUGGAUGGCGCCCUCCAGCAGAAAUGGUGUUGCGAAUGUGUAUCGAGCGCAGGAGAGGCCGAGUGAGAGUUCCGUAGAGCCUGCUCUCCUGGUCCCAGAAGCCGGUUGGCAGAGAAAAACCGAAAGGGAGCUGCUGUGUACUUCAAUUCCAAGAAGAUUAUGGGGAUGGUCGGAUUACUUCGGACUAACCUAGAGCGCUGCCUGCAACGAGAGUAUUGAAUUCAUGCGAACACGACAUUACGAUAAGCUAGAUAGACUACAGAAGAAUA